AUGCACAUUUUCGGACUGUUUGUCCCGCUGUUUGGAAUAGGUGAGCUGUCGGAUGAACAGACAAUUUGGAAAGACGGAAUUUAACGAAAACAAAAUAAAUAAACACAACAAACAUUAAUUUCGUUGAAUCCGAAAGUUUUCACGCCAUCAAAGUGGAUAUCGAAUUAUAAUUCUCCAAGACUAAAGUUUCGAUAAAGAAUAAUCGGUUUCUUUUUUAAAGAACUUUUCUGUGAAAUCUGGCCAGUCUCAGUGGACUAUCCAAGGACAUAAACUCCAGCAGACGAUUGCAGUCUCCUCCGUCCACUUGCGACCAUUCCAGAUGUCUCCGCGAAAGGCGAGCUAGGACUAACUUUUUUCACAAUUAGGAAAAGCACUAGUGUAGCAGAAGAUGAAGUGCCAACUUCAAGACAUCGUGCCCAUCUUUGCAGCAGUGGUGCUCUUUAACUCUGGGCUCAGUCCAGUUUCCUCCUUUAUAUUACCGUCAGAAGCCGCCGACGAACUUAGCACAGACACAUCAGAUCUAGAAACAUUAACGGACAAUAUCCAACCCACUCAGAGUGACUCGAUAGACGCCAAGCCCAUCCUUACAGACAGCUCCUGGCUCAGAGAGUUUGAACAUUUGGAACAGCAGGAUGUCGCGUCUGCGAAAGGGAACGAGAGUAGACAGACACCAAGCUCAAAAGCGGUGUCAACAGAGACAGGCUCCGGCAAAAAAACUGAGCAAAGAUCUGCGAAGCCAAAAGCGGAUAAAUCCUCGCGUAAAGCUAGUAGUAAUGACGCUUCUGCAGGGAGAUCGGGCUCACCGAGGAAAGGGGAGAGACUCUCCGCCAAGCAAACAGCUCCUACUGCAGGGUAUUUAAGCUUAGAAGAAAGAAUCGCCGCCUGGCUUUUAGCGAAGAGGAAAGAAGAAAAUCCAUGGACAGGUCAAACUGACGAGGACUUACCAUCCGAGCCCAACCCAGUGGACAGGUCACUUCUGCUCCAUGUGAAUAAAGUAGAUACUUAUAGCAAUGCUCGGAAUUCGUUUCCCUAUGAAGAAGACCAACCGGGUCUUCGUGGUUACAACAAUCCUGGAAGCUACAUAGACGACACGCUUCACGCUUACCACUUCAACAACGAUUUCAUGAACAACGGGGUCUUCCCAUCUUUCGAAAACCCAGACAUCUACAAAAGCUACUUAGAUGUUGGAAAAACCAACCGGGGCAAAAGCUUCGGAAAAGAUCGGAGCGAUUCCGUUAGCUUGUUUGAAAAACUUGGAGGGAAGCGUAACAACAAGGAUCUGGACAAAUCCCAUUUCGUGUAUUACUACGAUCCAGAAAGCCACUACAACCCAAAUGACAAAUCCCCUUAUCCUUUUUUCGAAAAGGAAUACGGGAUGAACGACUUCUUUCCCUUUGAUAGUCCCAACAUUAAAACUCAAAGAUUGCAACAUCCAAAAAGCGCAAAGAAAAACCAAUUUAAAGAUCGCGAGACCAAUUCGUUCUACACCUUGGAAAAUUACGUCGAAGACGCUUAUUCUAACAGAAACGACAUGGCUUACACUGAAGUUAAAAACGUCAAAGCGACCUCCCCAAAAGUCAUUGCUACGACCACGAAACAGCCAAGCACAAAGAAAGGAUCUAAUCAAAGCAAAAGUUCCAGCAAUUCUAAAAAAAAUAAACCCAAAGCGGAAAAGAAAGAUGCUCGCAGCACUAGCACAAGCAAAAGAAACGCCCCGAAGAGUGACACGAAAAUAAACGUAGACAACCUUCUUUUAUCAUCCAAUAAGUCGUUGGACGAGAGAGAGAAAGUGAAAGCAAGCGUCCUUUUUACUGGAAGCCCAAAACUCCAAAACGACAUUAAAGAAUUGAAAUCAAUUGCAACAAACUCUAGCAAUCCAUUACAGAUUUCAAACAAUACAAAUGAGAAGGCGCAGUCUAAAUAUGAUCAAUCACAGGACUUACCUUCGAACAACGGUACAUUGUCGAAGAUCUUGCAAAAUUCAACUAAGGAAACAAUUCCUAUACUAGCCACUAUAAAUGUGGCCACCCCUAAUAACGGAACAGCAAAUGUAACAACGUCUAGUGAAGGUAUAACGAAUGUAAUCACAUCCAAUGAGGUUAUAACAAAUGUAACGGCGUCCAAAGUAGUUAUAACAAAUGUAACGAGUCCUAAUACAGUAACAGAGGAUCUUAAUUCUAUUUCACCAAUGAAGAAUGAAGCUUCUAUUUCACAAAGGAACACUGAAGAAGCGUCUACUUUACCAAUAAAGAAUGAAGAAGCUUCAAUUUCGCCAAUAAAGAAUGAAGAAGGUUCUAGUGCCAUCGCAACAAACGACCAACCUCCGAAUUCCCCGGCAGCCAAAGACCAAGCUCCUGGGCCAAUUUUGAAACACCAGAACACUAACGAAGUUGCCAACAAUAGUAAAGACUCAACCGAAAAGAAUGUAUUGUCAAAUUUGACGAUUUUAUUUGACAACAAAAUCCGAGAAGGGAAGCAAGAGGCAGAUCUUUUGCCACAUCUCUCCACACAAAGGGAAUCGAUUUCCAUCCUAGGUCGACUCAAUGAAACUGUUCCACCACUUGCUAACGACUCUAAUUUAACAACGAGAAACGCAAUUCAUUUGGACGUAGCGCAACAAACUCCAAACACCCCCGAGAAAAACAGAACUCAUUUUUCGAGAGAGCACUUGAACAGUUCUGAUGAGACUUUUCCAAAGAAAAAUAUCACCGACGCGCCAAAUGCCUUCAUUAACAAUGCGAAACCCAAUUCCAAUGCUGCUGGAUUAAAAACUGUUUUGGAUAACAUUGAUUUUAAGAACAGUUCCGAAGUGAAUAAUUCGUCCAGUGAGAAUGAACAUAACACAACAGUCCAUGUCAGCUUUUCUCACAGGAAUGCAUCUAGUUUCAAAAUUUCUGACUCCAUAGAUGAACAAAUCCCGAGACUGAACGAGACUUGGAAUCUCCACAUUGCCAACGCUUCUGUUUCGUUAGAUCACGGUAUUAACAUGAACUUGACUAACGUGACCCAAACCUUGAACAGCAUGAUGACCACGGUACGUGAACGGGAAAUGACUGACGGGAAGUCUUUAUUAUCCACAUCAUCGCCUGGAAAUAAAGAAGAAUUACUUUCCGAUAAGCUGAACCUUCCCGUAAAUGCCAGCAGUAAAUCAAUUAAUGUUACACAAGGUCCAGCUACUGUGAAUGCAAUGAAUGUCAAUCAAACGUCAAAAAAUCAAGAAAUGAACUUUGAAAAACUCCACGCCAGCAACACUAAUACUAACGAAAUUCAGCCAGACACCGACACUAGCAGAUCCUCGAGUUUAACGAGCAAAAAUGAAACAGAAACUUCGACCGGAAAUGACGUAUCCGUCCUAUUCCAAAACAGCAUCGGGAAUUCUUCACAUUUGGCAAGUCUUCUUAGAUUAACGGGCGAUGACGUGAAAGGCGAGGAAGUGGCGCCGAAAGGGACAGAUCGGGAAGAGAAGUCGAUGAAAAUGGAUCUUGUACUAACGCAAAGUGAGAGUUACCAUAAAACCGAAGUGGAACAACUGAGAAACACGCAUGAAGUAGCUUCUCGAAUGGAAAACUCAAAUGUCACAAUGGACUUUGUGGGCCAGAAGAAUUCUUCCUUUGUAACUUCUUCCACGUCAAGGAAUGAAUCAUCCACCCAACAGAUGAAUGCUCUAAUGAACAGCCAUUCUAAUUUUGAAGAUAACAGCACAGCAGCAUUGACGACAGCAGCAACCACCAACAGUUCUAUACCGAUAAACAGCGUAGCAGCAAGUAACUCCGAGCCUCAUGGGGUAGAGGUUUCCCAGGCGGUUACACCAGUUCAGAUGGUUAACAUAUCGAAGUCUGAUCACAACAAAACAAGCGCUGACCAAAAUGUUGUAAUUGAAUUGGACGAUAUCACGAGAACCACUUUGAAGAGAGACAUCAAAGAUACGGACAAAGAUGAAAGUUUUGUUAAGAACGCCACAACUAAGGCAAAGAACAUUGAUGCAAGUUUAAUAUAUAGCAAUGGGACAUCACAAGAUGAAACAUCUGGGGUCUUAGUCUCAAACAUCAGUCAUCCAGCAGAUAGUCAUGAUGAUAAGAAUGAGACACAGACAUUGACUUUCGGUUCGAACAUCUCGAGAAAACUUUUUAGCGUCAAUCAAGAAGAUCAACUCAACAACUCGAGAACCAUUGUUGAGACUUUAAGCUCCGACAUUUAUUUGGACGACAACAUGCAUAAUGCAAAAAAUAUGGAAAACAGCACAAGAAGUCUACCACAGGAAAACAGCACAAGAAGUCUACCACGGGAAAAUAGCACAAGAAGUCUACCACAGAAAAACAGCACAAGAAGUCUACCACAGGAAAACAGCACAAGAAGUCUACCACAGGAAAACAGCACAAGAAGUCUACCACGGGAAAACAGCGCACGUACAAGAAGUCUACCAGAGGAAAACAGCGCAAGUAUGAGAAGUCUACCAGAGGAAAACAGCUCAAGUAUAAGUCUACCACAGGAAAACAUCACAAGUUUAAGAAGUCUAUCAAAGGAAAACAGCACAAGUUUAAGAAGUCUACCACAAGAAAACAGCACAAAUUUAAGAAGUCUACCACAGGAAAACAGCACAAGUAUAAGAAAUAUACUGCAGGAAAAUAGUUCUCAGAGUAUUGAGGUAGCUUCUCAUACAACGACCACUCAACAAGUAAACAAUGUCAACAGUGGACAGCGAGCAGUAUUUCCCACGACCAUGUCGACCACCAACGUCUCGAGCACCAACAUCACAGCAUCCACCGAAACGAGCAGCAGCGUCAUGGCGUUGCCCGAAGCACUGCCCAACACGCAAGACCUUCGUUCGAAGCAACAGGAAGACUACACGCAUCAAGGGGAACGCAUUGGCGACACACUGCAAGCACAAUCGAAUGUGUUUAACACAUCUUCGCGUACGACAGAGACCAAUAACAACAGUAAUCAAACACAGCCGAAAGAACUCUUUAAACACACUGAUGUGACGAACGAGAAAGAUAAUCAAACAUGGAGUAGUCUCAAUUCUCACAAUGAUAAUAAGACACAUUCUUUGGGUAUAGAUACACCUAGUUUACAUGUAACAAACAGUAGUAAUGCCAUAGCGAGUUCCGACUUACUAAUUCACACAACUAACAAGAGCUCUCCUGGGAUCAAAGACAGGAUAAGCGCUUCUGCAAGUCAUGGAGAUCAGCACUCUUCCCAGAACGUAACAGGCCAUGAAAACAUCAGAUUCAAUGGAAGCCUGUUCAAUCCUAUUUCGAAUGCUGGAAAGAAAAACAAUGAAUUCUUCAAAAAUGUAUCAGAAGCAUCUACGCUGACACAAGAUAGACGUUCUGAUCCUAACUUGACGUCACACCAACGACCUUCCGAGCAAAAUGACGUCAGAAGCCUUGUCACAAGUGGAGACACGAUCACCCUGACCUCUUCUAAUGACACACACAGCAACCCAGGCGUUGCGAAUUCGACGUUAGAAAAUAGCCAUUUCAUUUCCCAAUCUGGCAAUAGUUCUCAUGCCAACAUUUCGUCUGAGCCAGAUGUGCCUCCCAUUAGCGCUUAUAUGAUUCAGGACUUCAGUUUGCGUAAAGCAACACCUGACCUCAAGAAAGACAACAGCAACGGCAACAAUCCUCAAGAGAGCACCCCAAAGGGCAACGACAAGGCACAAGUGAACCCGAAGGAAGCCAACAGCAGCAGCAACGCCUUCAGCAACAUCAGCAGCUCCGCGGAGUCUCCCUGCGUAGGACCGGCCUGCGACUUGAUGCCGGUGUCUGCAGUGUCCAGGUCCCAGGCGGCGGUUUCGGCGGUUCUCACCUCACACUUUGGCCCCGCCAAGGACAUCAUGAUACCUUUUGAUUUGGAGUUAUUGGAUCUCUCUGACAACUACGACAACACCACCGGCAUGUUCAUCUGCACAGUGCCUGGCACCUACGUCAUCUCCUUAUACCUGAUGUCCCACCCGGGAGCCAAGGUCAACGCCCGCAUCUACGUGAACAACCGCCCCAUCGCGGCGCUGUGGGCGGACGACUCCAAGAACGCCGGCUUCUACCCGUCCAGCUCCACGCAGACCAUCGCCCAGCUGGGCUUCGGGGACCAGGUCUACGUCAUGCUGGUGGACGGCGGGUACGGGGAGAGCUGGGUGCACGCCAACUACAACGUCUUCACAAUCUUCUUACUCUACGAGCAGGUGUUCUAAACACUCACGCACAGCACACACACACACAACUCUAUAUAUACACACAUGCACAAACAUAUUAGCAGACAUACCAACUAAAUACACACAUAUACAAGUCCUUACAUCUAAACUCACACACACAACUAUAAAUACACACACACACACACACAUAUUAGCACACAUACAAGUCCUUACAUCUAAACUCACACACACAACUAUAAAUACACACAAACACAAACAUAUUAGCACACACACACAACUAUAUACACACACAAACAUAUUAGCACACAUACAACUAAAUUCACACACAUACAAGUCCUUACAUCUAAACUCACACACCCAACUAUAUAAACACACACAAACAUAUUAGCACACACACAACUGAAUACACAAACACAAACAUAUUAGCACACAUACAACUAAAUACACACACAUACAAGUCCUUACAUCUAAACACACACACACAACUAUAUAUACACACAAACACAAACAUAUUAGAACACAUACAACUAAACACACACACAUACAAGUCCCUACAUCUAAACACACGCACAUCUCAUAAUAAGCUUAUCGAUUCCUUACCCCGUACUCUCUAUUGAUGAUUGUUUCAGCAGGGCCGGCCUUAGGUCAAUUCGACCGAUUGCCAUAUUGGACUGCCCGCCUGGCGGGUCCCUGCAAUUUAAAAUUUUGCAUAUCACUAUCAGUCAUGUCUCACAUUCCAUGAUGUAGGACUUAAAGGGUUAACAUAUUUAGCCUAUUAAGUUUAAGGUGCUUCCUAUGCAUGUUGUAUAUUAAAGGUUUAUAUAAUGAUCUAAUAAAUACUAAUAGUUGUUAUUGCAAAAAUACAAAUAAUAAUAAAAGAGAGCUUUGCAAACAACCAUUUAAUUUGGCGCCGCAAUUCGUAAAGCCGUCCUCGAUAGAUUCCUUAUUUAGGGAUCCAUUUGGACCAUUACAUAUUAUUAUUAAAUUGUAUUUUUUUUGUAUUUGAAUUACCAUGUUGAUUAUGAAUAGUAACAAAAUAAAAGAUGUCUCACAAUGUCAAGCCUACCUUUGUUUGGACGACUUAAAUAAGCUUAACACAGCUCUGCAUAUUUCUAUUUUUCACUAUCACUUUAAAAAACAAUAACCCAGCUUCAUUAAUAUUUCGCAACUGGUAAAACACCAUAUUCGGAAAGAAUUUGUUUUAACUCUUCAACUAUCAUUGAUAUCGCUGAGUGACAUCCAAUCUUCCACAAUGAAGAAAAAAAUGGUUCUAUUUAAACAAACAUAAGCAACUUAUUGGAGCUUCACACGAUAGACCAAACAAUGUCAAGGACACUAAAUAGAGCUUCACAGUUGCCAACUAAAUAUAUUACAAAAUAAUUCAGCUAUCAUUUCAACAAAAUCUCAAGGCAUGGCAGUUUGAUCUUUUUGUUGAUUCUCCUUUAUCGCUGCUAGUUAGUCGCAUAUUUCUUUCCAAAUAGAUUUUUCGCCAUAGAACUAACAAAAGUUUGAUUCUGCUCCUGUGUUAAAAAAUAGCCACGCCUUUAAAAAAAAACAUACCUUAGCAGCACUUCCUUUAUUUUGAACGCCGGAUACACCAAAAAGCUAUCUAUUAAUAGUUUUUCCCGCCAUGUAUGAAAAUCUCCAAUAGUAACUUAAUGAGUUCCCUCUUGUUUACUAAUUACUAUGUCGACUUUCGAGAUGAAGCAGUGGGAAAUAAGGAUCUCGUGGGCAAGAAACUUGUUAGUAAUCCUUUAGAACAGCGGUUCUCAGCCUUUUAAGCUCGGCGACCCCUUUUUUACUAUCCCCCACUCUGGCGCGACCACCCCCCUCCAUAACAUACGCAGCAAUAGAAGAAUACACUAAAUACAAUCCAUAUUUUCGAUGGUCUUAGGCGACCCCUGACAAAUCGUCAUUCGACCCCUCAAGGGGUCGCGACCCACAGGUUGAGAACCUCUGUUUUAGAAGUAUAUGUGUCAACAGUACUUCAACACAAGACCUUUUUUAUUUCGACUGUAAUCCCUCAUCGAUACUUAUCAUGCACUGAAUGUCACCCAACAUCUACAUAAUCACAUAUAAUUUUGAUGUUUUAUAUAUAAUUUUUUUUUUUUACAUAUAAUUAUCAUUAAUUUCUUUGUAUGUGAAAAAGUGAACCAUAAAACAAAAAUGUUUUUCAAUAGAAUUUAUUUUCACCUCUUUCUUUUGCUGUUCUAUCUAAAAGUUAUUUUGUUGUGUUUAAGUUGUCAAUCAGUCAGUAAUGAGACGUCUGCAUGCUGUUGUUAAUCACUUGUGAAUCACCUUGUCAUUAUUGUAAUUCCAAUCAAAAAAUUUUGGCUCUCAUUAAAACUUCGAGCUAAAAGCUGA